CACGCGCAUGCUGGGCACUAUUUAGAACAAAACGCUGAUUCAGCACAACCAUCAUCUGGACAGCUCGGAGGCGAUCCGGGAACAGGGAACGAACAUUUGUCUGUAACUUCGGGGCUUAGGCUGAUCGUGGGGAAGAUGCAGGCUACGCCCGAGAACCUGCAAGGCCUGGCCGGCUACCUGAACCAGACGCUCUCCACCGACUUCAACGUCCGGAAACCGGCUGAGAAAUACCUCGAGCAACUGGAGGGCACCGAGAACUAUGCACUUCUCCUGCUGCAGUUGGCAGACAUGGAGUCUGCAGAUAUGACCAUCCGCCUGGCGGCCGCCAUCAACUUCAAGAACUUUGUCAAGAGGAACUGGCGGGUGGUCCCUGACGAGGCAAACCGUGUCUCCAACACGGACCGAGCAGCCAUCAAAAAGAACAUCGUGGGCCUGAUGCUCAAGACGCCAGACGUGGUCCAGCGGCAGUUGAGUGACGCGAUCACCAUAAUCGGCCGGGAAGACUUCCCCAAUAAUUGGCAGGGCCUCCUCCAGGAGAUGGUCGAGCACUUCCGCGGCGGAGAUUUCCACAAGAUCAACGGUGUGUUGCGCACAGCCCACUCUCUUACAAGGCGCUACCGGCACGAGUUCAAGUCGCAGGAGCUGUGGGUUGAGAUCAAGUUUGUGCUGGAUAGUUUCGCGACACCGUUCUCAGAGCUCUUUCAGUCCACGAUGCAGCUGGCCUCACAGCAUGCACAGAACCCACCGGCACUCAAGGUCCUCUUCAGCUCUCUGCUGCUCAUCUGCAAGACGUUCAUGAGCCUCACGUCUCAGGAGCUCCCCGACCACUUCGCGGAGAAGAACCUGGAGCCGUGGAUGGCCCACUUCCACACGCUCCUCACCACCGACAACAAGCUCCUCGAGACGGACAGCGAUGAAGAACCGGGGCCCCUCGAGCUGGUCAAGGCUCAGAUCUGCGAGAUCGUGGCCAUGUUUGCGCAGAAGUACGACGAGGACUUUGAGUCGUACGUCCAGAACUUUGUCCAGUCGAUCUGGACGCUGCUGGUCACGACCGACACCAAACCGAAGCACGAUCUCCUGGUGAGCGGUGCCCUCGAGUUCCUCGCGUCGGUCUGCGAGCGACAGUGCUACAAGGAGUUGUUCUCCAACGAAUCGACGCUCACCAGUAUCUGCGAGAAGGUCAUCGUCCCGAACAUGUACUUCCGCGAGGCCGACGAGGAGCUGUUUGAGGACAACCCCGAGGAAUACGUGAGGCGGGACCUGGAGGGAUCGGACGUGGGGACACGACGCUACUCCGCCUGCAAUCUGGUCCGCGGGCUCUGCAGGUUUUUCGAGGGGCAGGUGAUCGGGAUUUUCAGCGGGUACAUCGCGGUCAUGCUGCAGCAGUACGAACGUGACCCGGGCAAGAACUGGAAGGCGAAAGACGCUGCCCUCUACCUCAUUGCCGCGAUCGCAAUGCGCUCAAAGACGACGAAACACGGCAUCACGAAGACGAGCGAAUUGGUGAACGUCCCCGACAUCCUACGCUCUCAGUGCAUCGCAGAGCUACAGAAACCGGACAUUAUGUCACAACCCAUCCUGCGAGCCGAUGCCAUCCGUUUCAUCACCACUUUCCGCAGUACCCUCCCCAAGGACCUCCUCGUUAGCUGUCUCCCUCUUGUUGCAGUCCAUCUAAAGAGCCCCAGUCACGUAGUGCAUACUUACGCCGCUCACUGCAUAGAGAAGAUGCUCGUCCUCAGAGACGCCGAAAAGGCGCCGGUUGUUGCGCUGUCGCAGCUUCAGCCUCUGUUCAGGACUAUCGCAGAGAGCUUGCUGGGCAUCUUCAAGCUCCAGGGCUCAGACCUGAACGAAUACGCCAUGAAAUGCCUCCUGCGCUGCAUGUCAGCCAUGCAAGAUCACCUCGCCCCCUUUGCCGAGAGCCUUCUUGUGAACUUGCAGGGAAACUGGCCGAAGUUAGCCAGAACCCAAGCAAACCCCACUUUAAUCACUACCUCUUUGAGGCCUUGUCCUGCAUCAUCAGAAACACCUGCCAGACGGACCAACAACGGGCCGAAAAAUUCGAGAGCACCCUCUUUCCCAUCGUGGAGAGUGUACUCGUGAGGGACGUGGCGGAGUUCCUACCCUACAUGUUUCAGAUCCUCUCGCUUCUGCUGGAGGUGAGACCGCUGCCUGUGCCCGGGGCUUACAUGGUCAUCUACCCUCUCCUGCUGACUCCUACACUGUGGGAGAGACAGGGAAAUGUCCCGGCCCUCGUCCGGCUACUCCAGGCCUUCAUUCAGAAGGCACCGGACAAGGUCGUUGCAGACGACAAGCUCCCCUCGCUUCUCGGCGUCUUCCAGAAGCUCAUCGCGUCCAAGUCAAACGACCACGAGGGAUUCUACCUGCUCGGGAGUCUGGUCGAGCAUGUGGAGCCGUCGACUCUCAACGCGCACCUAAAGAACAUCCUCAUCGUGCUGUUUCAACGACUGCAGGGAAGCAAGACCACCAAAUACGUGAAGGGGCUCGUGGUGUUUUUCUCGCUGUUUGCCGGUCGGUUCGGCGGUCCGGCGCUCGUUGAAAAAAUCGAGAGCAUUCAACCGCAGAUGUUCAAGAUGGUUGUGGAGCGUCUCUACCUGCAGGACGUCCAGAAGGUGAGCGGGAGCACCGAGCGGAAGAUAUGUGCGGUUGGGAUCACUAGGCUUCUGACCGAGACACCGGCCAUGCUGAUGGAACCGUGUGCAUCUCUCUGGACACCUCUUCUUCAGGCUCUCAUCAGUCUGUUUGAGCUCCCCGAAGACGACUCCCUCCCGCCCGACGAACACUAUAUCGACAUCGAGGACAUCCCUGGUAUCAGACGGCCUUCUCGCAGCUGGUGUACGCCGGGUCCAAAGAACACGACCCGUUUGAAUCGGCCGUCCCUGACACCAAGGCCCACCUGGCACAGUCACUGCACGACUCUCAGCGCAGCACCCGGGGAAGGUGCCCAAGAUGAUAGCCGGCCUGUCAGAUGAGGCCACGCGCUUCCUCCAGACGUACCUGCAGUCUGCUAACGUUCCCGUCCUCAUCUAAACUGCAAACUCUUGACUAUAUAUAUACAUGUGAAGACAUACUUGCACUGACUCAUUAGAGCUUUGCUUUGAUCUCUGUAAAACCCCAAUCAUGUGUACUGCAUGUGCUACUGCUUUGAUAUAUUAUACCAG